GCGCCUACAACGCACGCGCCAAAUUCAAAGUCAAAAAAAGACGAUCUCCAAGCCAUUGUUAUUAUUAAGCCCAUGAGCUUCCGAAGAGGAUCCAGCAAGCUCAGAAGCCUGCUAACUAGAGCGCGCAGCAUAGUAGGGUUGGCCACAACAUCAGCCGCCGCAGCCACCGCCGCUUCCCUUUCCACAUCCACUGCUCCCAAAGUCUCUUCCGCCAUGGAUGAUCUCAAAACCCUUAAAACCAAGGUUUGCAUCAUCGGCAGCGGCCCUGCCGCUCACACUGCCGCCAUCUACGCUGCGAGGGCUGAGCUUAAGCCCAUCCUUUUCGAAGGUUGGAUGGCCAACGACAUCGCUCCCGGCGGUCAGCUCACCACGACUUCGGACGUUGAGAAUUUCCCUGGUUUCCCCGAUGGCAUCCUCGGCAUCGACCUAAUGGACCGGUUCCGUAAUCAGUCCCUCCGCUUUGGCACCACUAUCUACACUGAGACCGUCAGCAAGGUUGAUUUCUCCUCAUCACCCUUCAAGGUCUUCACUGACUCCAACGCCGUCCUCGCGGACUCCGUCAUCGUCGCCACUGGUGCCGUCGCUAAGAGGCUUAACUUCCCGGGUUCUCAGGAUGGCCCCGGUGGCUUCUGGAACCGCGGGAUAUCAGCCUGCGCGGUCUGCGAUGGAGCCGCUCCUAUCUUCAGGAACAAACCUCUUGCUGUAAUCGGAGGUGGGGAUUCUGCCAUGGAGGAAGCUACUUUCCUUACCAAAUACGGCUCAAAGGUGUACAUCAUCCACCGAAGAGAGACAUUUAGGGCCUCGAAAAUCAUGCAGCAGAGGGCCCUCACAAACCCUAAGAUCGAUGUCAUCUGGAAUUCGGCGGUGGAGGAGGCCUACGGGGAUGGGGAAAAAGGGAUUCUAGGAGGCCUCAAGGUGAAGAAUGUGGUGACCGGAGAAGUUUCCGACUUGAAGGUCUCCGGAUUAUUUUUUGCCAUCGGUCAUGAGCCUGCCACCAAAUUCUUGAAUGGGCAGCUCGAACUCGAUUCAGAUGGCUACGUUGUCACCAAGCCAGGUACCACGAAGACCAGCGUCCGUGGUGUAUUUGCUGCCGGAGAUGUCCAGGACAAGAAGUACAGGCAGGCCAUCACUGCUGCUGGCACCGGUUGCAUGGCAGCCCUGGAUGCUGAACAUUACUUGCAAGAAAUUGGGUCACAGGUUGGUAAGAGUGAUUGAUCAGAGUAUAUUCCUCAGACAUGUGAGAGCUUUUCAAUUUGAAGUAAUUUUAUUCUACACAGGAUGUAGGAAGUUCUUGAUGGACCAUUGUUCUAUGUCAAAUUGAUAUUGUUAAAUGAAAUCAGAUAAGCAAUAUAUUUAUUACCUAUUGCUUAGCAUUGUAA